UCUCAUAGAAGAGUCGCAUAUUGUUGUUUUCUCUGUUCAUGAAGUUAAACUGUUCUUAAGUCCUUUUCAUUUUUAUUUUUUAUUUUUUCGUUUUGUUUCUUCUGUUAUUGGUUGUUUUUGUUCUUGAUUAUUUUCAUGCCUUCAAGAAUAAGUCUUUGAUGUUGUGGUUGUAGUUCGGAGUAAAAAAUUGAGGGUUGAAUUUCAUUUCUUGCAUGGUGGAUAUGGUAUCAUCAAAAUUGAACCUUUUCUUGUUGCAUGUCACAGUAAACGACUAGUUUGUGGUUUGGUCAAUGGUAGUUUCAAAUUUUGGUUGGUUUUGACUUUGAAGUUUCAAUCUUUCCCCUGUUUCUGGAUUUUGAUUUCUGCCUCCAAAGGAGAAGAAAAGAGAUGCUAUGGUCAUUCUAGACAACUGAUAAUUGUUGAAGAAUUUUAGCAAAAUGGGUCAAGAAUUCUCUUCCUUCUUUCGGUUCGAGUCGAAGAGGUUGCUAUGGUUCAUUGGCAUUACUUUUGCAACAAUUGUAGCUUUCCAGUAUCUUGGGCUUCCAUAUGGUAAUGUUCUGCUCUCUCUAUUCUCUGCCGGUAAUAUACCUACAUCAGGAAGUAAUAAAAUCCAGGGCAAAGAUCCUCCUCCGGUGCCGGAACCUAUUAACAAUGUAACCAUUUUCAAUCAAGGAAAUGUGACUAUUGAAAGUUCCCUUGAGACAGAUAAUAGAACUAGAGUGUCAGGGGCAAAUGAUAGUUCUCCGAUUUUCGACUUGGAACCAAGAAACCAAGCAAACAGUUCUCUAGGACUUGGCGAAUCUAACAAAAGUUCGACGGUAGAGGGUAUUGAGAAAACAGGUAAUGUAUCUGUGGGAUGGAAGGAAGAAAAUCUUAGGCCUAGCAGUUAUAACAAUUCUAUGGGUUUGGAUCUUUUGACAAAUCAUUCUGGAGAAGAAAACGUUUCAAGACCAGAACAUGAGUCUGCUAGCCUUGAUGCUAAUUCUACUCCAUCUAUGACAAAUGUGAGCCCGAGAAUUUCGACUAAGGGGACUUCGAAUGAUUCAAACAUACCUUUAUUUCAGAAAGACAAAAAGUCUAAUUCCAUGAAAGAAGAGAAUGAAGGCAAUACACAAGCUAAGAAUUCUGCUACAGUCAGCAUGCCUAAGGAGAAUCACAAUUCUCAUGCGGCAGUUCCGGAAGUGACAACAGUGUCUGAAAUGAACAAGUUAUUUCUUCAAAGUCACGCUUCAUAUCGUUCUAUGAGGCCAAAGUGGUCUUCAGGAGUUGAUCAGGAGUUACUAUGGGCGAGAUCAGAGAUCGAACAUGCACCAAUUGUAAAGAACGAUCCAGAUUUAUAUGGUCCUAUUUAUCACAAUGUAUCCAUGUUCAAGAGGAGCUAUGAAUUAAUGGAACAUAUGCUGAAAGUGUAUGUAUACCGAGAAGGAGCUAGACCCAUCUUACAUACACCAUUUCUCACGGGAAUUUAUGCUUCCGAGGGAUGGUUCAUGAAGCUCAUGGAAGCAAAUACAAGAUUCAUUACUAAUGACCCGAAGACGGCACACCUGUUUUACUUACCUUUCAGUUCUCGAAAGCUAGAGGAAGCCUUGUAUGUACAAGGUUCACAUAGUCAUAAAAACUUGAUUCAGUAUCUGCAUAACUACGUAGAAUUGAUAGCGGGCAAACAUCCAUUUUGGAACAGAACCAGAGGUGCUGAUCACUUUCUUGUUGGUUGCCACGAUUGGGCCCCUUCCGAAACAAAGGUGGACAUGUCUAACUGCAUAAGAGCCCUUUGCAAUGCUGAUGUAAAAGAAGGAUUUGUCUUUGGGAAGGAUGUUUCACUUCCUGAAACACAUGUCCGCAAUGGCCUAAAUCCCACUAGAGAUCUCGGUGGAAAAUCGCCGUCCAAGAGGAACAUUCUGGCAUUCUUCGCCGGCAAAAUGCAUGGUUAUGUUAGGCCAAUUCUGUUGCAGCACUGGGAAAACAAAGAUCCUGACAUGAAAAUCUUCGGCAAGUUGCCAAAGUCCAAAGGUGACAGGAACUACAUUCAAUACAUGAAGAGUAGUAAGUACUGCAUUUGUGCAAAAGGCUAUGAAGUGAACAGCCCGCGAGUCGUGGAGGCGAUAUUCUACGAGUGCGUUCCGGUGAUCAUAUCGGACAACUUUGUGCCGCCGUUUCUCGAGGCUCUGAAUUGGGAGACCUUUUCUGUCAUUGUUUUGGAGAAGGACAUUCCAAACUUGAAGAGCAUACUUCUUUCUAUCCCACAGAAGAGGUAUCUUAGAUUGCAGAUGAGAGUCAAAAAGGUACAAAAGCAUUUCCUUUGGCACAAGAAUCCUGUUAAGUAUGAUAUAUUUCAUAUGAUACUUCAUUCUGUUUGGUAUAACAGAGUUUUCUCUGCAAUAACUUAGAUUGAUACAAUUUUCUUCAUCUUUGCCUUUGUGGUUGGUAGUAUGGGGAAUAUUUGUAACCAAAUAAAAGGUUGAUAAGGUCAUUUAUUGUGAUUAGCUCUGUAGGUUUGGUCUUUAGUAAAUAAAAUAAAUUUGUUUCCUAUUUUGUACAUCUACAAAUGAGUGUAUGUUAGACCCUCAAGGGGAUAACAAUUUCAUUAUAGUGGUGGUGUGUAUUUAAAUGAACA